AUGGGUUGGAAACAAAUUGGAGGCAAUCUUGGUCAACUGGUAGUUGAGCUAGCUGUUGACUCAGCUGUAAAUGUUGGUGUUGGUGUUGGUGUUGAUGGAACUAUUUGGGCUAUAAUAAUCAAAAUAACAUUUUUGCAUGGAAUGGUUAUGGAUGGUAAAUGGGUUGAAGUUUCUGAUGGGUUGCCCAAUGUGUCAGUAGCCUCUGAUGGGACCAUUUGGGGCAUUAAUAGUAACCAAUAUAUCUUUAAAUGGGUGGUUCAAAUUCCUGGAAAGUUCAAGCAAGUUUACACCAGUAGUGAAAAAUUAGUGGUUGGCAUCAAUUAUAAUGAUCAAAUUUUUCAAUAUGUCAAUAAAGGUUGGCAAUAUUUUGACAGCGCGCUCAAGAAUGUUGCAAUUUCUAUUGAUGGCAUUGCGUGGGGCGUUAAUGGCGCAAAUGAUAUUUAUACGCGUCAAGAUAAUUACUUUUAUGAUUUAAUAAGUUGUUAA